AUGGCAUCCACAAAAUAUACCGUUGCUGAGGAAAGUGUCAAUGAAAUAGUUAAAAUCUUCCAUAACUUUUCCAGACAGCACGGAGAUAAAGAUGCCUUAGAGAAGGACGAGUUUGGAGGACUGUUGAAGAACGAGGCCCCUGAGUUCUAUAAAUAUAUGGUGAAGAACAAUAUCUCUCAGGAUGACUUGUUCAAGAAGGCUAAUUUGAAUAAUAACACGAGUUUGGAGUUUCCCGAAUUUAUGCUUGUGAUCAGCAUGAUAGCCAUAGAAAUGCAUGAGAAAUAUCACCAAAUUCAUGGCCCAGAAGGCCCAGAUGGCCCAGAAGGUCCUGGCCACCAUGGCCAUGGCCACACACACCAUCAUCACCAUUGA